GUGACAUUAGUAAAGCGACAGUGACAACGAAUUGUUGUCUUUUUAGCAUGCUCUAAUUUAUUUCUGUGAUUAAAAUAUUCAAUUAAUUUUGUUAUUAUUCCUAUUCUUUAUUCGUGUAGAUCAAAUAACAUAAACAGUGUUUGCAUAACGUAUAAGUCUUUCAUUCAAAACAAACAGUCGUAGACUAACUUUAAGAGUUCAACCGAUUUGCGCAAUUUAAUGAACCAUUGCUCUUACUUAAAAAACCUGAGUCUAUUUAGAAUCUUAAAAGGUGUUGUCAGGUCAAGGUUCUAUAUUCAUAAACCUCAAGUAGCAAGUAUGGGGUUAUUAACGGAAGGAAGUCCUCUAUCUUGGGAGGAAACGAAGGUUUUAGCUGAGCACGUGCGGCAUCACGGAAUCGAACAGUUUAUUAAUCUCUAUGACAAACUUAGAGAUCGCACUGGAGAUGUUCUCAAAUGGGGUGAUGAGGUGGAGUACAUUAUUGUUAAAUUUGAUGACAAAACUCAGCGUGCCACAGUUAGCUUAAGAGCAGAUGAGCUUCUACCUAAACUACAAGAAAAAGAACAGGCUGAUCCACAAAAUGUGAAAUCACUAUGGCGCCCGGAAUAUGGUGCAUAUAUGGUCGAAGGCACCCCAGGGAAGCCUUAUGGUGGUCUUUUGGCCCACUUUAACAUUGUUGAAGCGAAUAUGCGAUAUCGUAGAGCUGAAGCUAGUACACUAUUAAAGGAUGGAGAAGUCAUUAUGAGUAUUACAAAUUUCCCAAGGUUAGGUUGUCCUAACUUUACGAGUCCACCCUACACGCCCACACCAGACAAGGGUGUGACAAGAUCCCAUUUCUUCCCAGAUGAAGGUAUAUUUCCUGGACACCCGCGCUUCAAAACACUAACAUCUAAUAUCCGGAAAAGGAGAGGAGAAAAAGUGGCCAUCAAUAUUCCGAUAUACCGCGACAAAAACACCAAAAUACCCAUAGAUGACUCUCACGUGCUGGAGCCGGGCGUAGCCCAGCCCGAUGCGGUGUACAUGGACGCUAUGGGCUUCGGCAUGGGUUGCUGCUGCCUUCAACUUACAUUCCAAGCUUGUUGCAUCACGGAGGCUCGCACGCUGUACGACCAGCUUGCUCCGUUAUGUCCUAUCAUGUUGGCGUUGUCGGCCGCGUCGCCCAUUUACCGCGGCUUCCUCACCGAUGUCGACUGCCGCUGGAACGUGAUCUCGGCCUCGGUGGACUGCAGGACACGCGAGGAGCGUGGCCACGAGCCGCUCAAGAAUAACAAAUUCCGCAUACAGAAGUCUAGAUACGACUCCAUUGACUCCUACUUGUCUCCGGACCAUGAAAAGUACAACGAUAUUCCGAUCAUCCACGACGAGGCCAUUUACCGGCGCCUGCGUGAGGGCGGCAUAGACCACCCGCUCGCGCUCCACGUGGCACAUCUCUUCAUACGCGACACCGUCUCACUGUUCACAGAGAGGGUGCACCAGGAUGAUGCCAAUGACACGGACCAUUUCGAGAACAUUCAAUCAACGAACUGGCAGACAAUGCGGUUCAAGCCCCCGCCUCCAAACUCGCCUAUUGGUUGGCGCGUAGAAUUUCGUCCAUGCGAAGCGCAGCUUACUGAUUUUGAAAAUGCGGCAUAUGUUUGUUUUGUCGUCCUCCUAACGCGUGUUAUUCUUUCCUAUCAACUGAACUUCGUUAUGCCUAUUAGUAAGGUAGACGAGAACAUGCAGCGUGCUCAGCGACGCGGUGCUGUGUUGACGCAGCGGUUCUGGUGGCGGCGCGACGUUGGGGCACCGCGCACAGUAGUCCCCGCACACCAGCCCUCGCCCGACGCCCCCGACCAGUACCUCGAAAUGACCGUGCAGGAGAUAGUUAAUGGAAAAGAAGGCGUGUUCCCGGGACUGAUUCCACUGAUCGACUCGUACCUGUCGGGGAUGGACGUAGAUGCGGACACGCAUUGUUCUGUCCAGCAGUACCUUAAGCUCAUCCAGCGCCGGGCCGCUGGGGAGAUACACACCAUGGCCACCUGGAUGCGGGAGUUUGUCACCACGCAUCCGGAAUAUAAAAAUGAUUCAGUAGUCUCAGAGAAGAUAAACUACGAUCUACUUAAAACAGCGCAUGGUAUCCAGACGGGUGCAAUUCCAGCGCCCACGCUGUUAGGAGGCAGCAUUGCUUCCAAGACCAAUGAAGACAUUCCCAAAGCGUUUACCAAGAUGAUGAGCAAAGACUGCCCCUAGUCUGCCGUAGAGUUUGCCCAUAUGCCUUGUGCUGCUAACAUUUAAAUAGCUGGCCGCACAUAACACCUUUUGCAGAAGUUGUUAUCUUGCCGCGGAUUCGUUGGCAUCUAGUUAAGGUGCUAGAACAUCGCCAUUAGAACAUUUCCAUAGACAAGGGGCUCUCAACCUUAUUAAGCCAGCGUUGCACUUAAAAGUUAUUAAAUUUGUCACGGCGCCCGCGUCCUAAUCUAGCUAGUUAGAUUAGAUAGGUACCUGUUAGUUGGGCACAUAGGCGCAAAUAAUAAAACAUCCUAAUUAUGAAAAGAAUAAAACCACAUUGAAUAAUUAAUUUUAACAAAGAAUUAAGAAAAUUAAAACCAACCCAACAAUAGGAUGGCUCAGCUUAGUGAUGUCCACACAGUUUUUUCAUGGUGUGGGACAAGGCCGUGACACCGCUGCACAAAAAGUAUCAAAAAAAUAUUUUUCUUGGUUUUUUAAUUUUUUUUUAAAUACAGAAGGAGCACCUCGCGUCGCAUCUCUGCACUUUCUACGGCACCCAGGUUGGGAACCCCUGCUAUAGACCUAUUCUUGCGAGCGUUAUUUAUAACUAUUCAGAAACGCCCUUGCGUACACAACGCUUACGUGAGAUUCGUUUUUCUAGACAAGACUUUACCUUCUAAUAUAUUUUAUGCGUAGAACAAUUAACAAAUAACAAAUUAAUAAUUAUAUCUUUUCACAAAUAAUUUAUUCCAGUUUACCUAAUUUAUGCAUUGGGCCGACGCGUUACGUUUUACUAUACCUUAAGUUUCUUAUUUGAUAAUAAUUAUAAUUUAACAGAGUUACUUAACUGUUCAAUUUAAAUGUUUAAUUUCUACUGCACCUCAUUCAACCGUCUUCAAUUUUCGUUUUCAAUUCUUGUUAUUCAGAUUACAGUAAAUGUGUGGCCAGUUUUAUCGCCUAAAUAUCUAUUGUAAACACUGGCGAUUUAAGUUAUGGUUGCCUUGAAUAGUUUUACUGCACAUAAUAUGAAAGUGCAUAAAAUGAAACUUUCCAUUAACCUACUCAAAUUAAUCUUAACAAAAGAUAAAGGUAAGAUCCCUAUUGAGAGUUUGUUGGAUUACAGAAACUCUUACUCACCGUAAGAAUUACAUUAUUUAAUAAAUAAUAUCCCAUAGUGAAUUCUCGGGACAGACAGUUCGGGAUCUCAUGAUAGCAUGGUACUAUAACCUAAUUGAUUUAGCUGGCUGAUCAUUUACGGAUCGCAUGAUUUCACUUGGCCGGUCUGAAGCUGGCUUCUUGAUUUGUUUGCGUAUUUACUAAGAAGAUGCAAUCGUCAUUAUUAAAAUUAUACCUAUCUGCACAGCCACUUGUGACUUACUUCUGGCCGUCCAACGAAUAUCGCGCGUACCUCUUAUUUAUUCUUGAGGCUAAGCUCUUAAAAAAUAUUAAUCGAUCAAGUGUAUGUUAGCACUAUAAAAAAAAGAUUUAUAUUGAUAUAUAAAAAUCUCUUUUAUAAAAAAUUUAAGGGUAUAUAUGUAAGUUUGUACUUAUAAGGCAGUUGACUGUUCCUAAUUCAAUUUAUUUGUAAAAAAAUUAUGUUUUCUAAUGUAUUGAUAUAUUUACAUUUGAUUAAAAAUGUAUUUUAUAGAAUAGAAUAGAUUUGUAUAACUAUUCGGUGUUAAGGGCCGAUUUUUCAAGAUUGUAUUUCAACUUUUAACAAAUUUGUAUAGAAAAUCAGCCCGGUUACUUAGCUUAUCUUAUUAAUCCAAAAUCAACCUUUUAGACGCGUUAAAUCUACAGGGUAUGGAUGUACAAAUUGAACUGGUCCUGGUGCAACUCUUGGUACGAUACAUUCCUAACAUUGAUGAAAAUUAUUAAUAUAUCGGGUAAGAUUGAUCGAAAUUGUGAAAUCAGCCGUCUUACACACCGUGGCUCUGUCAAAUAUAAUUUCAUAACGCGUGGCUGCAUCGCUUGACAAUUAUUUAUAUCUGUACCCUUAAAUUUGAACGUUUUUAAUAUAUAGUCGGUUACGACUACCCAUGAGAGCAAAAUGAAUUUAAUGAACCUUAUUUUAAAGUUCAAAUUCAUCCUCACUUCUACGGAAAGUGCUUUCGACAAAAUAUAAAACUGUCUCAGAAGGAAGCGCUUCCGAGGUUUUGUGAAAACGGGCAUAGCUGUAGUUGAAGUAAAGAAGGUAAUCAGCUCGUCGUUGAGAUUGAAUCGGUUUAAUGGAGUAAAUGGAGUAAGAUAUCUUCUACUUGCAUUGACCGGUACAUAUAAAUUUGACAGUGCCGCGGUCCUGGUACCUGGCACAUUGCUGUUUGAAUGCAGGGUUCGUUGAAGAAUAAAAAUGGGUGAAAAAGAUGAAAAAUGGAUAGUGAGAUCUUAGACUGAAUAUGCACACUUUAUCUGUAAAAUACUAAUACAGAGUGCAAAAAAUUCCAAGAGCGAAAAUAAAAUUAGAUUGUGGUUGUCAGGAAAUGUUGAUUCAGCAUAGAAAAUGUGCUUUAGUUAAUCUUAAAAUAUUAUUUUAUUACAAAAGACUAACAGAUUUUAGAGUAUUUCGUAUGACUACUUUAUGUGACGUCAAUGUUUACAGUUUUAGUUUGAAAUUGAAGAGGAAUAUAUAAAAUUUACAACCUUAAAUGCACUUUAUGGGGCUGGUAUGUAUAUCUUCGAGGAUUAAAGUCCCCAAAAAAACUUCUUAAGUAGUUCGUAGGUACUUACGAUUUCAGUAUCCUCUUUGCUAUUCAACUCUAGAGUUCCAGCCCUUUUAGGCGGGUACACAUCUUGCUAUGGGCAAUCUUACUUAGAUUUAAAAAGCGAUACUGUUUUACCUGGUUAGAAGUAUAGCAUCAUACUAUCAACAAUCCCAGUAAUUAUUUUAAUGAGCAGUACAGAAAUAAGUAGUGACUUAAGCAUCAACCAUGGAAUUUAAAAGUUUAUAUUAUUUGUUCUAAACAAUUGAAUUUGUAUUAUGUAUUUUGAUUACUUAAUUAUUAUAAUAGCUUUAUUUUUUUAUCAUUCUAGUAGCGAGCAGAAAUGUUGCACUUUUAGAUGUAGUAAAGGGGGAUAGGUUUAAAAUAGAAAAUGGGGUAGUUUAACUAUUUAAAAACAGAGGCUCAUUGGCGCUAUAAAAACAACAGCAGGUAUGUCGUUUUUACAAUUAAUAUGAAAAAGUGCUAUGAAUUUAUAAAUAAAAUGCUAUUAAUAGUAAGCUUAAAGGCACGACAACAAAAUUCGUAGUGCUAUUGAGAGAAUAACCAAAAUAUUACACACAAAAUACGUCACGUCACCACACGCGUAGUGAUGGAAGUGUGCUUUCAUGCGACUCUCUACACGUGAAUUCGUUUAGGAAAUGCAGUGUUUUUUAAAUCAUUCAAUUCAAAAGCUUAUUGUGAUAGCACAUUGUGCAUUACGAUUUUUUUUAACAGAAUAUGUGGGUAGUUUGGUUUUAAUCCUUUAAUUUUUAUUAUACCUGCAGUGUAUUGUUGACUAUUUUCUUUACUUGUUACCGAUAUGAUGGAUUGCUUAAUAAUAAUGCACAUAAAAUAAAAUUAUUUUAACGUU